CGCGUCGGACGCCGCCACCGCAGCUCAAUCGACUGCAGCAGCCCCCCAACAUCCUCAUUAACAUUCCCUCUCUGUCUACACGCCUCUAGGUCCUCCCUCACACUCGGUGGGUGGCACCGGCGUAAGCAAACCCCGACGGACGACCCGGACGGAGGCGGAGAGAGAGCUGCGUCACUGGCGGGGAGCAGAGUUACGCCACCGGGGAAGGAAUUGGGUCCAACCAAGGCUUCUCAGUCAGGUGGCACCGCCUUGCGCAUCGCAAUCCCCGCAGCGGGAGUUUGGACACCGAGCGCAGCUCCUUCUCCUCCCGCGGCCGGCCGGAGCGGGUGCGACACUUCUUUUCCCAGCCGGGCCGGACCAUGUGCGCCUCGACGCGCUGAAGUGCGACUCGCCACCCGCUGGUGCGCCUCGCUGUCGAGCUCGGAUACGCCGACGCCACCACGCCGUCAUAGAGAACCAUGAGCACUGUGGAGGACGACCCGGAUCACAUGAUACCAUGAAGACCAGCCUGCAGGUUCUGCGCUGCCAGCUACUGAGUGUUCUCGCUCUCCUCACGCUGCCAGUCGGACCGGCGUCGUCAGCACACGAGCUUCAGUUUGGCGACCCAACGCCCGGACGGGACGCCAUGGCAACCGCCGCCAUCAGCACUCCUCGCCCGGACUGGCACCAGGAAGGCUCCAGCAGCGGCACCGAAUGGUCGGCCAAAGCCGACGUGGUCCUCCACGCCACCCGAGCUUCCAACUUGAGUGGGUCCCUCAGGGAACUCCCGGCCCACCACGCCAUCACCUUGAGGGAAGCGCCCGCUGACAUGAGCGAGCCCCCCACUGAGCAGCUGGCCCCCGUCACGCUCGCGGAGGCCUCCGUGGAAAACCAAACCUCUGCCGUAGCCGCUUCCCAAGAACCCAGCCUCCGUCCUACAAACGCCGCCGCCAAUGACAGCAGCGAGGCCAUCACGCCGGCAUCCCCUCGCCCCAACACCACAGACAGCGACCCCCUUGCGGCGCCGUCGCCGAGCGCGUCUGCCACCCCGGACCGCCACCCGUCCACUCGCGAGACGGUGUGGACAGAGGGCGGCGGCGGCAGCUUCCUGAACAGGCAGGUGCCAGCCACCACACGGGACCCUUGGGGGAUCGACAACAGCUCGGGGCCCGGCCUGGAUUCGUCACCAUCGUCUCGCGUGGCCAUCUGCCUGAGUCGCGUGGACAUCGUGUGGAUCGUGUUGGCCAUCAGCGUGCCCGUGUCUACCUGCUCCGUGCUGCUGACGGUGUGCUGCAUGAGACGCAGGAAGAAGUCGUCCAGUCAAGAGAACAACCUAAGCUACUGGAACAACGCCAUCACCAUGGACUACUUCAGCCGCCAUGCCGUCGAGCUGCCCCGAGAGAUUCACACACUGGAGAGCGAGGAGCACGACAGCUGCUUGCCCCCAAACGGCGACUACGGCGUGGGCAGCGUGGUCCUGGUCAACCCCUUCUGCCAGGAGACCCUCUUCAUCAACAGAGACAAAGCCUCGGCCAUCUAGCGCCCGCCGCCCCACACACGCCCUCGGCUCCGGACUUGUGAGCGGCGACGUGCGGCAGCUCCGAGGGGGAGGAGGGCGUGCACGCCUAUUUUUCUGAUGUACACUUUUUACACACCCAAAUAAAACCUAUUAAUUGUUGUGAUAAUUUUUAAUGUCUUUCUAAAUACACCCGUGCGGUUUGGUUUGAUGACUGGAUCAAGCGAGGGAAGCAAAUGCUUUUGUUUUCAAGAAUCAAGAUUAAAUGACUCAUUAUAGCCUGUUCAACUUGAAUCUCGAGGAUGUAUGCCACUUAUACAUUUAGAGAAACAUCUCGACCGAUAGGAUUGUUUUUGUAUGUCAUCGGAUUUCUGGAAAUCAAAAUGAACACAACUUUUGAAAUAUUUCACCUUGUGUGUAGCAAAUUUAUGAAUAGGGGAAUCCGAUUAUUCUACAGAUUGACUUUUUGGAUUGUAUACGUCGUUAUCAUUUGGAUCCCCAUCUCGAGUGAAAGAAUUUAAGUUCAUGUCUUCUAAUUUAUUGAGGUGCACCUGUGCAUUUGACAUUUUUUUUAGGUUUCAGAAACGCACGUUUCCGAGCAGAAUACAACAUCUGACUAUUUGGACAAGUCAAAUGAGGUGUGUGUAAAUCAUGUUCAAUGUCUGACAGAUUUUUUCAUCAAAUGGCCCAACUGUAAAGCAAUUCUUUUUCAAUCAGUAAUUAUGAACAAAUCAUCGUUUUGCACAUUUUUGCCCUCGUGCGGGAGUUACAAAAAUGAAAUAAACAAGCAAUGCAGUCAUA